AUGUGGUCAUUAUCAGAACUGGCCGUCUUUGGCCUGAGUAUCUUGUCGGCCUCGGCCACUAUCCUACAAAACGGCCAGCCACGGAUAACCAACUUCCCCGACACUCGGAUCGACCCGUUGUCAUACUCGCUCACUACGUAUCCACGGAAUGCUAGCGAGAUCUCUUACAAGGGGCGUUGGGACUCCAAAUAUGUCUCUUGGUGGUCCGCCCCCGGGAUCAAGUUCGGAUAUACCGGGCAAACAGUGGCAGUCACUUUCGGAAACUGGACCAGUGAUGGAGUUCUUGUUGGGUAUCGUAUUUCGGGCCUGGAUUGGAUCUUCACCAACGUCACGGCGGGUGGUACACAUCUUUUUGUGUCUCCAGAGACCCCGGGGUCGGACUUGACGGUGCCCAUCAGUCCCUCCACAUUCGAGUUGCGAGUGACGAACUGGGCCUACGGGAUCCAAAUCGAGUCCAUCCAUGUUGCUAAGGGCGAGAAACUGAUCAAGAUUCCUGACUAUGGUCGUCGUAUCGAGGUCAUUGGUGACAGUCUUGCUUCGGGCAUGUAUACCUCGUACGAAGGACUAUCAAGCUGGGCAUACGGACUUAGUGCUGGACUAGGCAACACAGAGUAUAGUAUAACCGCAUAUCCAGGCAUCUGCGCGGCAGAUCAGGACUGCUGGGGUAACCCUCACGGGCAGGUCCAUCAAUGGUUUUAUACAUCGGAUACAAGCUACAGAGCCUCUGUCAUGUAUGGAGACAAGCCCGAACCGUGGGACUUCAGCAAGCGUCCCGCUGCCGACAUAGUCGUCAUCAACAUUGGCACCAACGACCAAAACUCGCACAACAACGUUUCCACAACUACCUACAUCAACGCCCUGACGAAGAUUAUCCAAGGAGUCCAUGGCAAGUGGCCCAAAGCCCAAGUCGUAGUCAUGUCACUCUGGCUCGGAUUCUACCAAUCCGGCAACACCUACCUCCCCAACGCGCCCCAGGGUUUCGUCAACGAAAUCUACCAGAUGUACAAGUGGUUCAGCUCGGACGACUACCUCCGAAACCCGAUCGUAUACGACGGAGUGACCAAGAAGGCAUCGAAGACCGGCAAGAGGACCAAGCCGUUCGUGCACUACUUCAACACCACGGGCAUCAUGCAACACAAUGAUAUCGGCCCACAGUGGCAUCCUACGGAUGUGGGAGCUAUCAAGGUCGCCAGUCAUUUGCAGCAGUUCAUCAGGAUGACUUUUGGGUGGGAGUUUGAUGCUACUGGGCCUGAGAUUUUCCACGAGACGGAGUAUUGGAAUGAUGAGCCUGGGUAUUAG